GGAGGGAACGCCCCGCUCCCCCGCGCAGGCGCGGCGGCUCCGGCCCGCGGCAGCCUCAGCGCCCGGUGCCCGGAGAGCGGCGGUCCCGGUCCCGGUUCCGUCGCCGCCAUGAAGAUCUGGACCUCGGAGCAUGUUUUUGACCACCCCUGGGAAACGGUGACCACAGCUGCCAUGCAGAAGUACCCAAACCCCAUGAACCCCAGCGUGGUUGGAGUGGAUGUCCUGGCCAGACACAUAGACCCUAGUGGGAAGCUGCACAGCCACAGGCUGCUGAGCACAGAAUGGGGAAUUCCCUCCAUUGUGAAAUCGCUCAUUGGCACAUGCAGAACAAAGACAUAUGUGCAGGAGCACUCUGUUGUUGACCCAGUGAAAAAAACAAUGGAGCUGAAAUCCAGUAAUAUUUCAUUUACAAACCUAGUGUCAGUAGACGAGAGGCUUGUCUAUAAACCACACCCUCACAAUCCAAACAAAACCAUUUUGACACAAGAAGCAAUAAUAUCUGUAAAAGGCGUCAGUCUAAGCAGUUACCUAGAAGGGCUAAUGGCAAACACAAUUUCCUCCAAUGCUAAUAAGGGCCGUGAAGCAUUGGAAUGGGUAAUUAAUAGAUUGAAUGCUGAAAUUGAAGAGUUUGCAGCUUCAGCAAGAGGAACCAUGAGGAGUUCAAUGGCAGCAGCAGCAUUUGUAGAGAAAUGAUAGUGGAUAUACUUGUAUUACUAAUAAGUUUUAACAAUUUGAAGCUUCUCUUCAAACCAAAACACGGGUAUCCUUUGUUGUUUAAAGGCAUACUUGUGUAUUAGGCAUGUUUCAAAUUUAAUUUGGAGAAAAGUUGAACUCUUACUAAUGAGGCUGAUGUGCAAAGCCUGGUUAAUACAUUGGUUCAGCUGGACCGAAUUUCGGUUACAGAUGAAGAAAUAAUUUUCUAGUUCCUGUGUUACAUGAACACUAAUGUAAUGUUUUCAGAUAUGAAAUAGGCUCAUCCAGCAAUGAGGCUGCAUGUGGUGAAUGAGACUGGCAUGUUAGGUUAACUUAUAUGGAUUUUUCUUUUUUGUGUGACUUACGGACUACCUCUUUUGGGACCAAGCCCAAAUUAAGCAGAAUGGUUUGUUCCAGCAUUGUUCUGUUUGUUAAUUUUUGACAGUUGUAUAAUACAACUUGGUUAAAUAGAAAGCUUAUUACUUGAUGCUUGAAAUACAAAAGAAUGUACAAUUCUUUUGAUAAGCUUUUUAACUUGUGUGGUUGAGCUAAUACGGUACUCAGACUGAUUUCAGUCAGUAUAGAUAAAACAUAAAACUUGUCACCUGUCUACUGAGACCUAAAUUCUAUUACUAAAUGCAACAGUAAUGAGCUGGGUAUGCAGUAACUUAAAAUUUUACCUAAAACUUCUGGAGUGAGUAUCUCCAUUUCUAAAAGUCCAUUAAAUAAAAGGAUACAAGAAGAGUAGAGCCUUAAAAUCUUGUAAGCCUCUAGGGCAUUUAAGUAGAGUAGGUGUUAAUUUCAGAAUUGAAAAAACCCAAACAUUUAAAGGACUAAAAACCUUUGUGAAGUUGGCUGAAAAGAUACCUAAACUUUAGAGGAAGUGAUAUUAACAAAUUUUAACAAUACACUUGUUAAUUUGGUCAUGCUCCAAAAAUAACCUGCUACAUGAACAUGAUAUUAUCAUGUUGUCCUUUAAUUUUAACAUAGUGUUCUAAGUUCCAGAAGUUCCUUUACCUUUUGAAAUAAUUUACUCACAAUACAAGGCUCUUUAAAUGAGAACCCUGAGAAUAAAGUUUUCUGCAGUUUGUUUCUUGGUACUUGUGGUAGAUUCUUUGUACUGUCACCAGUCACUAUCUGAAGAACAUAAAGGUCAGACCCUGACAUCCUUCUUUACAUAGUGCACUGGUCUGCUGGUAGUCCUCUUGACUUGGCUGCCCUGUGAGACUCCUUCAGUGUGAAGGAAAAAUAGAAUGGCACAGCCCUGAAUCAGCUGAUGCUUGUGUUCUGCUGCCAGAGGCUUUUCCUGGAAUUUUGAUUCUAAGCUUACAAGUAAUUUCAGGACUCUUUUAGUGUUUAUGAACCGUAAUGUCCACUCCAGCACAUUUUAAGUUGCAUGCCACUUCUGCUGUAUCAGAAUUGCCUAUUGAAUCGUGUCUGCUAGAUAUGAGAACUGAAAGUUAUUUUAAGUGGUAAACACAUGGAAACACAAUCUUCUGUAAGAUUCGUGUAGGGGGGGAAAACCAGGUAUAAAUACUCAAUACUUCUAUAUAUAGUUGUAAAACUUCUAAAAAAAACUAACUAUUCUAAAUAUUUUUCUAAAAAGAAAAGAACUUUGAGACUACUUUACUAAUGUGAAAUCACUGAGGUUUGCCAUGAUUUUACAGGUUAUUACAACUGAAGAAACAUUUCAAUUUAAAAAGUGUAUGUUUUCCUGCAAAACUGUACCAUCAUCUCUGAUAAAAAUGGAAGCUUGAAACUGGUUUUAAAUGUUUGUUUAAUCAUUAGCAUCACUUGGCAUUUUAAAGCUGAUUUUUUUUCUUCUUUUCCUAUUUUUUUCUGCACUAAGAACUGUCUAGUAUGAACUCAGUUUGCCCUUGCACUGAAAAAAAACUUUAAUUUUUGCAAGCAUUCACCAACUUCUUGUGAAAGAUCAUUGUUCUUUCUUCUGUUUUAUUUAUAUUCCUUCAUUCUCAUUCUAUCAGGAAGUACAGCUUUCUGUAUGUGGAGCUUUUAAAAUAAAAUUUCAUCUGAGUUCUGG